CUACAGAUGCAUGCAACAUGCAGUCAGAAAAAGUGAUAAUCAAGAAAGCAGCUCCCUUGAUAAAGUAAAGAAUGUGCACAAACGCCACAAAUGGCUCUGAUGUUUUGUGCUACCACAACAUCCCUGAGGGUUUGGCUUACAGUCUUGUGUUUCUCCUCGGUCUCCUCAUCAAUGGUGCGGCUCUGUGGGCCUUCAUUGCAAAGCGGGCCGCCUGGACCGACUCCCACAUCUACAUGCUGAACUUGGCUCUAGCUGACUUUUCCCUCAUCCUUUUCCUUCCCUUCAGGAUUUAUGACGCCUUCUACUGCCUGCCUAAAACUUUCCUUUGCACUUUCCUACUUUUCAUUCAUUACAUCAACAUGUAUGCCAGCAUCCUGACCACGACUGCCAUCAGCGUCCACCGCUACCUGACCAUUAGGUUCCCUCUGCAAGCAAGAUCAUGGAGGAGGAAGAAGGAGGCAGCGGUCUCCGUCUGCUUGCUCAUCUGGGUGUUUCUGGUGUCAAUUGCUAUUGUAUUUCGUCAAGAUAACUAUCCUGAAAAACUCUGGACAUGCUAUGAAAGAUGCAAAAAUCGUCGUCUCCAUCUGCAGUUUACUGUGCUCCUGUUGUCUUUCGGCUACCUGGCUCCUCUGAUGACAAUUGUGUUCUGUUCCAGUCGGAUCAUUUGUAUUUUGGUAAAAGAGCAGAACAAGUCAGCGGAAAUGAAAAGCAUUGUUGGUAUAGUUAAGGCAAACAUGACUGUGUUUCUUAUCUGUUUCACACCGAUCCACAUUGCGUUUGUGAUCGGCUUAUGCUAUAGCGUGCCAUCAGACUGGAGGUCCAUAUCUUUACCAACUCAUUUGUAUUUACAAGUGUCUGAGUGGAUCGCCUCCACAAACUGCUGUUUUGAUUCCAUCAGCUACUAUUUCUUAUUAAAAAGGUUUUAUACAUAAAAGAGUGGAAGAACGAAAAAGCACUGUCAUGUUCAACGUUCAACAGAAUGUAUAGUUACAUAUUUUUUAUAAUGUGGAGCAUACUUAAAACUAGUUAAGAUGAGUAAAAUGGCUUAAAAUUAAUUUUAUUGCAGCACUGUGAAUUUCUGAAAAUACAGCCUUUAAUUUGA